CGUUGGGUGAAAGAGCGCGUGAAGGGGCGAGUCCGUGCCGCUCGCUCCCCGCGGGUGGGGUGAGGUGGGCGGGCGGGCGGAGCCGGGCCAGGCAAGGCAAGGGAAGGGGGCGAUGCCGACUCAGCGCGAGAGCGGCAGUAACAGCGGCGCCAACAGCACCAUGUCUCACCCGGGCCUCGGGGGCGGCGGCGGCGGCGGAGGAGGAGGCAGCACUGGGGGUCUCGGCGGCCCCGGUGGAGACACGGCCGAGCAGGUCCGCGUCAAGGCUUACUAUAAGGGGGAUAUUAUGAUAACCUAUUUUGAGCCUUCAAUCUCCUUUGAGGGACUGUGUAAUGAAGUGCGAGACAUGUGUGCCUUUGAUAAUGAACAGCUUUUCACCAUGAAAUGGAUUGAUGAAGAAGGGGAUCCAUGUACUGUUUCUUCUCAGCUGGAAUUGGAAGAGGCUUUUCGAUUAUAUGAGCUAAAUAAGGAUUCUGAACUUCUAAUACAUGUGUUUCCCUGUGUACCUGAAAGGCCUGGAAUGCCAUGUCCAGGGGAAGACAAGUCUAUAUAUCGUCGGGGUGCAAGGCGAUGGCGAAAGCUCUAUUGUGCAAAUGGUCAUACUUUUCAAGCCAAGAGAUUUAACAGAAGAGCUCACUGUGCCUUCUGUUCUGACCGGAUAUGGGGACUGGGGCGCCAGGGUUAUAAAUGCAUCAAUUGCAAACUUCUAGUUCAUAAAAAAUGUCAUAAACUUGUCAACAAAGAAUGUGAUCGACAACCACUACCACCAGAGCUAAUGGAUCAUUCAUCAGUGCAUCCUGAUAACAUAGAACCUGUGAUUCCAUAUCAUCCUUCAAGUCAUGAAAGCUUGGACCAUGUUGGUGAGGAAAAAGAGGCAACAAGUAUUAGAGACAAAGUAUCUUCCAGUCUGGGUCUCCAAGAUUUUGAUCUACUUCGCGUUAUAGGCAGGGGAAGUUAUGCAAAAGUGCUUCUAGUUCGAUUAAAGAAAACAGAACGCAUUUAUGCAAUGAAAGUUGUGAAAAAAGAACUAGUCAAUGAUGACGAGGAUAUUGAUUGGGUGCAGACAGAAAAACACGUUUUUGAGCAGGCUUCAAAUCAUCCUUUCCUUGUUGGUCUCCAUUCUUGUUUCCAGACAGAGAGCAGAUUGUUUUUUGUUAUUGAGUAUGUAAAUGGAGGGGAUCUCAUGUUUCAUAUGCAGCGCCAAAGGAAACUGCCAGAAGAGCAUGCCAGGUUUUACUCUGCAGAAAUCAGUUUAGCACUGAACUAUCUUCACGAACGAGGAAUAAUUUAUAGGGACUUGAAACUGGAUAAUGUGCUGCUUGACUCUGAGGGGCAUAUCAAACUAACUGACUACGGCAUGUGCAAGGAAGGAUUAAGACCUGGAGACACAACCAGUACUUUCUGUGGGACUCCCAAUUACAUUGCUCCCGAGAUCUUACGAGGAGAAGACUAUGGAUUUAGUGUGGACUGGUGGGCUUUAGGAGUGCUGAUGUUUGAAAUGAUGGCAGGAAGAUCACCGUUUGAUAUUGUUGGAAGUUCUGAUAAUCCUGAUCAAAACACAGAAGACUACCUUUUCCAAGUUAUUCUAGAAAAGCAAAUCCGAAUCCCACGCUCUCUUUCGGUGAAGGCAGCAAGUGUUCUGAAAAGUUUUCUUAACAAGGAUCCAAAAGAGCGUUUAGGGUGCCAUCCUCAAACAGGAUUUGCGGAUAUUCAGGGACACCCCUUUUUUCGUAAUGUUGAUUGGGAUCUGAUGGAACAAAAGCAGGUGGUUCCUCCAUUUAAACCAAACAUAUCUGGAGAAUUUGGCCUAGACAACUUUGAUUCUCAGUUCACCAACGAGCCUGUUCAACUCACUCCUGAUGAUGAUGAUGUUGUGAAGAAGAUUGACCAGUCAGAAUUUGAAGGCUUUGAAUAUAUCAAUCCUCUUCUGAUGUCUGCUGAGGAAUGUGUUUGAUCUCCCAUUUCUGACCUGUGCCAUUUGUUGCUGGUUAUGUUUUCUUGCAUGGAUGAACAUCAAAUUUGUUUAGGUUUGUCACUUGCCAUCUAUUAUACACUCUUCAUGAGCUGAUUGCUUGUAACAAAAUGUAAGAAUAUCCAAAAUAUUAAACAGAUCUUGCCAAAGUUGAAGUACAAAAACACUGAGGCAAUUGCCUGUCCAUUGGUUACCUAAAGAUGAUAUUGCCAGCUCUUUCUUAUAAUGUAGCGUUGCUCUCUGUUUCAGCUGGAGUCCCCGUUGCAUAAAGUGAAGUUUAGCAAGCCAUAUAUACAGCCUUGUUCACUCUUAAAACUGAAAACAGUUUUGUGAUUGAAUUGCUGGGCUGUGUAUCCUGUCCAUCUGUUUUUCAGCCUUACCUGUAAUUAUUGCCAAUGCAGAAGAAAAUGAACAUAUGGCAUCUAAUUAAGUGAACAUAAACUUAUGGUGGUAACUGUUUUGCACUCAGGUUGGCAGGAGAAGUUUAUGUAAUGCCACAGCAUAUUCCAUUCUGUUAAUCUUGGUUCAACAUUUGAUGUGAACUGGACAUAGGUUUUUGUCUUCCAAUUUACAAUUUUGAACUGCAGUUCUAUGCAUACCUGUGAGAGAGCCCAUUGAAAAUGGUGAAACUUGCUUCCUAGUCAAUAUGCAUAGCAUUGUGCUGUUAAUACCUGCAAUUUCUGCUCUCCUUCCUACUUAUUUUUAUCCAUUUCCUCAGGAUUCUUUCUGAAGCCUAAAUUUUUAAAGUAGCGCCGUACUUACCUUUACCAUCAUAGAGCCAAGAACAAAAGGUGCUUUGUUAGAAAUGAGGAUCAUGGGUCUCUUGUAAAAGAAGAUUUUGCUGUCAAGCAACAUGCAGUAGAUUUUACCCCCAACUUAUGAAUGUUAACUGAAGGUUUUUGGUACACUUAUUUUCUAAUGAGUGCCUUCCUGAGCUUGUUGUUUCAGAAAGAACGAGAACAGGUAUAAUGUUAGCUCGAAUUAGAAACUCCAUUUUUUCAAAAGAAAGAUAAACUUUAGCACAAAUAGGCAGCUAUUAUUGACAAAUGGCAUAAUACCAAACUUGUAGCUUCUGUUGAGGUGGAACAAAAAUUAUUUCACAGUAUAUUUAUAUGCAACUAAUAGUCUUAAACUGCAGCUACAACUCUUGCAAACAUUAAAAUACUGCGAAAGGAUCCCUCUGCUAAUGUGACUAGAAAAGUGCGGUUACACCUCAGAUUCUCUCAUGGUCCUAUACAUUCAGCUGUAAGAUGACUGCAGGCAUUUUCUGAAUGGAGGCACACAUGUCAACACAGUACAAGAAUUAAUUUUCAAAAAUCUAGGUAACUAAAGGUACAAGUUGAAAUGUCUGUGUGUGAUGAUGUAUCCAAUAAAAUUUUCAUACUACAUUUGAAAAAUCAAGGAACUGCUGGCUGGAGAUAUCAGCUGGGUAUUUUGUGGAUUUUUCAAUGUAAAAAGGUCUAAACACGAAAACAGUUUGGAUGAUCUAAACAGGUAACAAUUGAAAACCAGACACAUCAUAGUUAGCCUUCUGUGAUGUGACUUCUCUCUUUCAUUGUGAACGUUAUGGUACAUUUAUAUAUUAAGGAAAAAUGCAUAUUUGAGCCUUGUGAAUUGAUUUCAAAAUAUUCUUUAAAAUAAUGACAUGUUGAAGAGGAGGAAUAAAUCCAUCUAGGUACUUGACCAAGUUUGAUGUCAGUUACAGGGUACAUCUGUAAACACUAACUGUUACGUUUUAGACAAAUUUUGUAAUUGUUGUUUAUAUGUUUUUAUGGCGGGCAAAGAUAUCUGUGUGGUAUAAUUUAACUGCUUGGCUCCAACCAUCCUUUCAAUUUUUUUUCUAAAGUAAGUGAAAAGAGAUUACUAGUCAUGCUUCCACUAUGUAAUCUGCAUGGUAUGAAAUGGCUUUAUGUCAGAGGUACAAAUCCUGACUCUCACUCUGGUAGAGUGAGUGAAAUUCUAAUAUCCAUUAUUUUUCCGAUUCCAAGCACAAAAGGGAUGAAUGUAUAGUUAUUACAAUAUGCGCACAUUCUUUGCCCUGUAUACAUGUAUACAGUAUGCUUCAUGUUCUCCUAUCACUUUAAUACAGAUCUGAGUGACUGAUUUAAAGGGCAUGUCAGAUUUCUCUAUUCUUUUUCCCCCCAAUAAGUGCCAUGAUAUUGUUCAUUUUUAAAAUAAUUUUGUUGAAUAUGUAGAGGCUGUCUUAAAAUAUUAAACAGGGAAUUUGAACAUGGACAGCUGAUGCAGUAUGAUGAAAAGUAAUCUUUUAGUACAAAAAUGGAAGUGGUGGAUACUUCAAGCCAUCUUGUAUUCUCAUACUGUGUGUUACUUUCAUUUUGUGGUCUUGGAUGUUAUACUGUGUAAUAGUCUCCUAUGUUUCUACACAUUGUCCAUAUUUAGUUUUAAAAUAAAACAGGGCUUUUUGUUUAAA